AUGUUAGCAGUCGAAUGUUUGUUUUAUCCAAAUGAAUUUAUUUUAAGAAAUAAUAUUGAUUAUAAAUCAAUUUACUUAUCUCAAUAUUAUAAUCCAUUACGAUUAAAAUACGUAUCAUUUUAUGAAAAUUAUUGCAGUUUUGAUUAUAUAAUUAAUAAUGGUGAUGAAGGUGAUACUGUAUUUCAAUUAAAUUCACAUUCAAGUAUGCAACAAUUUUUAUGUGAUGCUCUUCAUACAACAACUAUAGAUGAAGAUCGAAUACUUAAAUAUUUAUUUCAUGGUCUUAGAUAUUUGGAUAUCAGCGAACAAUUAAUUCGAACAAAAACAAUUUCUAAUUUUAAACGUGUAUCGUAUAUUCUAUCUGAAUUGAAAAGUAUUUAUGUAAAUAAUAUGAAAAAUAUUGAUUAUGUUAUUGAUUAUAUUACAACAAAAGCUAAUGAAUAUAAACAAAUAAUCAAUGAACUUGUACCAACAAAUAUUGAUGGUACAUUUAAAAUUCAUAUUACAGUUGAUAAUCAUAACAUAGACAAAUUUUUAAAUAUUUGUAAAGUAAAUAAUUUAAAAGUUGUUUGUAUAUAUUUAAAUGAUGAUGUUUCUAUUCAACAAUUAAUGACAUCUUCAUAUCAUGUUGGAACAUAUCCUGCUAUAAUUGAACUAAUGAGAACAUUAAUUGACAAUCUAUUUAAUGAAAUUCAUAUCCGAAGAAUGAAAAUUAUAUCAUUAAUAUUAAAUAAUGGUGUACCAGAAAAUGAUAUCGAUAAAUUAUUAUUGUGGGAUAAAAAGUCGAACUAUUUCGAAUUUCAUUAUAAAUUGAAGGUGACAUCAGAAAGUAGAUUACAUAAAUUAAAAGAUUUAUGUAGAGAACAAAAUCUUCAUUUGGUAUCUAAGUCACCUGAAAAGCCAUUAACAAAGAAAGUGCAUUAUAUCGUUACAAUGCGAUUAUUUAACUGUGGUAGAAGAAAUGCAUGGACUAGAAAUGAUUUUAUCAGUAGACAUUUGCAUCAACGACGAUUUUAUCCAUUAAGAGUCAAAGAACAAUUCGUAGUUUAUGAUUCAAACAUUGCUUUGGAUAAUCCAUGGAGUACCGCAGAUGUUACCCGAACUGCUGGUGGUCCUAAAUAUCGAAUUGGUGGUAAAUAUAGAAAAGUACCUCCUCGAUCUAGUGUGUAA